UUGGACGUUAGGAUGAAAUUCCUCCCUGGGAGUGUGGAGAGGCGGUGGCGCAGGUUGGCCGGAGCAGCUGCGGGUGCCCCGGCGCUGGAGUUGCUGCAGGCCGGCUCGGACGGAGCUGCCGGAGGGGCGGGAGCCGCCCCGCCGCGGCGCGCGGGGACCGUUCGGACGCGGUGUUCCCCCGAGCCCCGGCAUUCCGUGAGCCGCGACCCCGCGCGGGCGGGGGGCGGUGCCUCGGCGCUGCCGUUGGCGGCGGCGGCGGCUCCGGGCCAGUCCGGCCGGGCUGCGCUCCCGUGUUCGGUAGCGGGAGAGGCGGGCGCUCACCGGCACCCCCCCGCACCGGGACGGCCGGCGCCAGGCCCCGCCCCCGCCUUCCCCGCCACCAGGUGGUCCCGCCCUUGCGGCCGGGGCGGCGCUCGAGCCUCGCUCCCACCGGCGGCGGGCACCGCACCGCACCGCACCGGGACUGCUACCGGCACCGGGACUGCUACCGGCACCGCCACCGCCACCGGCACCGGCAUGAGCGCCGGCGGGCAGCCGGCGGAGCCCUGCCCCCGCGGCGGGCCGUGCUCGGCGGGGAGCAGCCCCGUGCCCAGCCCCGCGUCCCCGGCGCCCGAGGAGCCACUUCAGAAACGGCGGAGAACUGUGGAAGAUUUCAACCAGUUCUGCACCUUUGUUCUGGCCUAUGCAGGCUACAUCCCGUACCCUGAAGAGUAUGUGCCCUGGACCCACGGAGGCAGCAUGAGCCCCCAGAACAGCACGGGGAGCACUCAGGACAGCGAUAGCUCGACCUCAUCUCACUCCUCCGAUGGCCACAUCCCAAUGGACAGUAGGAAGAGCAGGAAUGCUGUGGCCCGGGGGGCUGUGGGCAAUGGCCUGCUGAUGAACAGCCCUGCCUUUUCCACCGCCUUCUACAAUGUCCGGCCCCAGCAAAUCAAACGGAAGAAACCGCCAGCAAAGAAACGCAUUUUGGAGCAGGAGGUGAAGAAGAGGGUGCCGCUGAGUGCUUGGAAGGACUUUGGGGCGGAGCAGGAUGGGGUGAAGCAGCUAGCUGCACUGGCAGGACAGCUGUCUCCUGUGAAAGAGGAGUUAAUGGAGCCUUCCCUCAACCCGCCUGGGGACCCCCAGCCCAACUCCCCCCUGGAGGAGCCAACGAUGGAGGAGAAGGACUUGAUGUGCGGAGCACAGGGAACUGAGAAACCAGCAGAUGAUCCUCAGCUUAAGGAGCACAACUCCUUCUCUGCAGAGAGCCCUAGUCCCUGUAAUACCUUGGACCAAAGCACAGGGGAAGAUACAAGCAGAGACACCUCCCAGCUCAGUGCAGUUGAAUUCACAGAAGUUCCCAACACCAAAGCAGAAGAUGACGAUGCCUGGGAUCUGAUCACCUGCUUCUGCAUGAAGCCCUUUGCAGGGAGGCCCAUGAUCGAAUGUAAUGAAUGCGCUACCUGGAUCCACCUCUCUUGUGCCAAGAUCCGCAAAUCCAACGUGCCUGACAUUUUCAUCUGCCAGCGGUGCCGGGACGCCAAGCAGGAGAUUCGCCGCUCGAACCGAGCUCGGACAGUGCCCCGCAAGCGCCUCGUUGACUGAUGCUCCUGCAGAGCAGGAAGGCUGGGGGUCCCUUCUUAACCUGAAGACUUAGACAAUCAAUGCACUGGCAGGGGAGGGGCUGGGACACAGGGCCGGACUGUCCCCCUCACACCUCUGGUCCCUGGAAGCUGCCCUGCGUGUCCUCCCCGAGGAUACUGGCCACAGAGCUCGGUUAUCCCAGAAGUGUGUGGGGAAUAGGAUGGUCCAGAUGCUCAUCCCUGUGGGUGGUGUGUUGGUGUUUGUGAUCUCCUGGGGCCCCACAUGCACUAACUGUUGGAUCCCACCUCCUCCUCACAGCCCCUCCAAAGAGCCCUGCCCAUGUGCCUUCUGCACUUUCCCUGGGGGAUGCAGGCCCCGCUCCUGUCCUGGUGACACUCAGCUCAGCCCCCCCUGCCAGUCCCCAUGACUCUAAUUCUUAACUGGGUCCUUUCCUACUUGCACAUCUGGUUACUGUGGGACCAUGGCAGGGGGCAGGGUGUGGGACAGCCCCCUGUCGCACAGCAGCCCCCAGGCUCGUCCCUGUGCCUAUCUCCUCCUGUGGAAAGCCUGGGCCCCAAAAGUGCUUUAUGUUUUUAUAGUUGAUUUGUAUUAUAGUUAAUUUGUAUUAUAGUUUCUUUGUAUUAUAGUUAAUUUGUAUUAUAGCUAAUUCUGGUCCUUGCCCUGUGGAGUGUGACUGGAGUCUUAUGUAUAUAAUAAAUACUUUUGCCAUAAGA